AUGCAAAAACUGCCAUCACCAACUCCUACAACUUCUACUUCAUUACCACAAAUUAAAACAACUAAUCUAACAUCAAGGUAUAACAACGACACAGAUCCAAAAUCAAGUCCAAUUCAAUUAAAUCAUGAAAAUAUUGAUCAAAAUGAUAGAAAAUUACCUAAAUUAUCAUCUAAUUCAAAUAAAUCUACUACAAAUCCUUCAUAUCUAUCAACACAAAAUUCCAAACCUAACAUAAAUAAUACUACUAAUCAAAAAUUUUCUCAAAACUCAGAUAAUAAAAUAUGUCAAUGGUAUUGUUGUUCAUGUGGUCAAUCUUAUGGAUCAGUAUUAUAUAAAGAAAAUGAUAAUAAUAAUCAAUCAUCUUCAACAAUUAAUGAAAAAAAUCAAACGACACAAUCCAAUGAAACACAACUACCUUAUAAUCAACUAGAAGAAGAAAUUCAAAGAUCAUCAUACAACAGGGAUAAUUUAAAUCGAAAUUAUAUAUUUGAUAAUUUAAAAUAUUAUAGUAAUGUUGUUUAUAAAGAUCAUCAUCAAAAUCAAAUAAUAAAUUCACCAAUAAAAUCUAAUCAAAGCACCAAUUAUUUUGAUUUUAAACCAUCAUCAUCAUCAACACCAACAUCUUCUUCAACAGAUUUAAAAUCACCAUCAAGAAAAAGAGAAAGAGAAGAAAUAAAAGAACUAACGGAAGAUAAUUUAGAAUCAUCACCAAAAAUACGACAAAAAUCAAUAUCAUCAGACGACCCUCAAAUUCAAACACCAAUAUUAUCACCAUUAAAUAUAAAUUUAGAAUUACAAUCCACCACCAGUUCAAAAAAUUUAUAUGAAUAUAAACAAAAAGUAAUAUUAGAUAUUCCAACAAGAUUUAUUUGUCAUAGAUGUAAUCAUAUGAUGUGUCCUUAUUGUUUAAAAUUAAGAUUAAAAGAUAUUUAA